ACCGUCACAUCGAGGAUUUAUGUUGACUAUAAAAGGAACUGAAAACUAGACAAGACAAAUACAUACAUACCCAAAAACUAAAACCUCUCUCUUCAGAUUCUAUCCUAUUCUAAGUUUCAAGAAAGAAAUUAACAAAUUAUGGAAACACACAACGUAGAGACUUUGACAAACCAGGGAACCAUAGAGUUGCUCUACAGGGCGUUGCAACAAGGAGACGCCUCAAGGCCCUCAACGGUAGCCAAAGUGGUGGCCAGUGAUGUGGAAUGGUGGUUCCAUGGACCGCACCAUUGUCAACACAUGAUGAGGCUACUCACUGGGGAACCACCUAGCCAGGUUUCGUUCAGAUUUGAGCCAAGUAGUGUACAAGUACUGGUGCCUGGUCAUGACUGCGUGAUUGCAGAAGGGUGGGAGGGUUCACACGUGUACUGGGUUCACGUGUGGAAGUUGAAAGACGGAGUGGUCACUGAGCUAAGAGAGUAUUUCAACACAUGGCUCACUGUUACAGACUACAGUCUUGGAGCAAUAGGAUGGGACAUGGGGCGUUGUACGGUUUGGGAGAGCGUACCGAAGGACCUGGGUCGUGGUUCGUUGCCUAGCUUGCUGUUAGCUAUUUAACUAUAGACCAGAGAAUAAAAGCAACAUAAAGUUUGUGUCGUCCGGUGGUUUAUGAAUUGCCUAUAUACAUUAUGUUCUAAAACAUUGUGUUGUGAAACGCAAGUUGUGUAUAUUAUUUGGUUCUAAAAAUUGUCUACUCAUUUUCAGGUUCAUCACAUAAUCAUGCCUCAGCAAGUGUAAUUGAAUUCAGAAUAAAUUCACUUUGGUUACCUUGAUCCAGUCACUUGACCAUCGGAUAUAUAUAUAAUUAAACUUUGAUUUCUAUUUAA